UUAAUUCCCGACGUGAAAAGAACGGCUACUCGUAUUCAACAUUUAACAUCAAAACGAAAGUACAUUGUACAAAACUUUUGGAAAUCCUAUAGUACAUGUGAUGUUCCUGAGACGAUUGCAUUUGUGGCAGCAAACAAAUUAUGGAUAUUUGUUAAAUCAUUUCAAACUCUUGCAGUGCGGAAAACGUGGACAUUGUGUGCAGCAAUAGGGAGAUUAUUGUUACAAGGAUAGGCGCAACCACUUCCGUCCGUGAAAUGACGUUGCAGCGUUGAAAACUGGAGUGGGUCAAUAUGUCAAUGUUAACUGUGAAAGAAUACGUAGGGCUGCUCCUAGUCGUGUUACUUAUUGAGAUUUCCUGCGUGAAUGCGUUCACCAAACCCUGCAAUGCGUCCCUGCAGACUGUUUCCAUGGUAACGGAAUGUCCAACCAACCAGUCUUCAUAUGAAGCAGCUGCCGGCCGAAAGAACUGUCAGCCCCUGCUAGGACAAGGGAGUGGGUGUGAAUCUCUCCAGUACCACUGUGUAUUGAGUGAAGACUUGAAUAGUUUAGUGGAAGUGUGUGCACCUUCCUUGAAUAUCAUAGGUCAUGUUUGUACCAUGUUCAGUUCCAAAGAAAGAAGUGUAAAAAGAAUUGAUGACCUCAGCUGUAAGAAUGUUACUGGAUUUACUGAGUGCCCAUACUCCUACAACUCCACCUCUGCAUAUAAGUAUCAGCAGUGUUACACCAAAGCACACAGUUUCUUCCCAACAGAGGCUACCCAAAGUUAUAGUAGCUCAAGCAACCCGACAACCAGAAAAAAAGAUUCGCAGAGUUCCAGCGAUCUGUCAUGGAUUGGAUAUGUGUUUUUGGCAGUGGCAGUAGUUGGAGUGUCCAUUAUCAGCUUUUUGGUAUGGCGUCGCUAUAAAAGAGCACAACCGAACAAUGGUAUUGUCCGUUGGGAAAAGAACACAGCAGAUGCUGAAGAAAAUCGUAAUGACGAACUAGAUGGACAUGGUGUGCCUUUGUUACGAGUAAACAUAGGACAGGAACCCGCUAACGGUGGUACUGAAGACAACGACAAUCGUGUCGAGGCAAAACUUGAUGUUAGCACAGAGAGCAGUGACAUGAAAGAGAUGCUCAAGUUAUCAACAGCUUUAUUGAUACAAAGUCUUAAAAAUCCUGAUGAAACUUGGACAACAACAAAAAUUAUUUAUCAUGUCGAAAACCUGAUAAACCAGUGUCAGGAUGCGAGAGAAACUACUCUAUUGGUGGAUUUUAUUAAAAAAAUAAACGAAGAUGUAUUAAUCCAAAACACUUUAAUUCAAUGUGGACCAAUAAUGCUCGAAUUGAUUUCCUCAGUUCAGGAAAGAUAUAAAGCUACGAAAGUUCUUAUCAAGGAUGGAUGUGUGUGUUUCAUUAUGUGUUUUGCUGAAUGCCAGGAUUUGCAGAAUUUUGUAACCGAUCUUCAAAAAGGAAAUAACGAUUUUACGAAAGAUGUGUCUAGAAUUUUAAUGAAUCCCACAUUCUUGAGUGUCUUUGACAUAAACUCUGAAGUCGUCACAUGGAAAGCAACAGAAAUCAAAGUUUACAAAGCAUCUAAAGAGGGGCAGUCGAUACAACUAGAAAGCCCAUUAGCUGGAACUUACAGAGAUACCUUUGAAGAUGAUAACGAAACUGGAACACCAGUUAAAGCAUCCAGUGCUCCAACUGACGCAUCAUUUGAAGACUCCUUCACUUCACCUAUAAAUCAACACGACAGCCCAGGUCAACAAAAAGAGCGAAAGUCGCGAUCUGUCUACACCAAACAGCAGAAGGACUAUCUGGAGAAAAAAUACCAAGCCAAGAAGAAGCCCUUCCAAUCAGAGAUAUUAGAAAUAGCCAACGAGACUGGCCUGUCGAUAACACAGGUAAAUACCUGGUUUCAAAACAGACGAGCGAAAGAAAAAAAGCUACAGAAGAAAACUAGUGAAGAUGACAAAGAGACAAAUGCAGAUGAAACAAUAGAGACCGAAUUUGACAAUGAAGAGUCGCAUGAAAGUUUUGCUUCUGAUGGUGUUUCAGACGAAGUGCAGUAUUCCAAACAAAGUAAAUCAGGAAACAAACAAUCAGCGACACCAUCCUACAAACAUGGAAUGGAGGAUGAACACGAGGAUGAGAUUGACGUAGUUCACAGUGAAAGUGAAGGGGCAUCUAAAGAGGGGCAGUCGAUACAACUAGAAAGCCCAUUAGCUGGAACUUACAGAGAUACCUUUGAAGAUGAUAACGAAACUGGAACACCAGUUAAAGCAUCCAGUGCUCCAACUGACGCAUCAUUUGAAGACUCCUUCACUUCACCUAUAAAUCAACACGACAGCCCAGGUCAACAAAAAGAGCGAAAGAUGCGAUCUGUCUACACCAAACAGCAGAAGGACUAUCUGGAGAAAAGAUUCCAAGCCAACCGGUAUCCCUCCAAAUCAGAGAUAUUUGAAAUAGCCAACGAGACUGGCCUGUCGAUAACACAGGUAAAUACCUGGUUUCAAAACAGACGAGCGAAAGAAAAAAGGCUACAGAAGAAAACUAGUGAAGAUGACAAAGAGACAAAUGCAGAUGAAACAAUAGACACCGAAUUUGACAAUAAAGAGUCGCAUGAAAGUUUUGCUUCUGAUGGUGUUUCAGACGAAGUGCAGUGUUCCAAACAAAGUGAAUCAGGAAACAAACAAUCAGCGACACCAGUCUACAAACCUUACCAACUUGAAAUGGAGGAUGAAGACAAGGAUGAUAUUGACGUAGUUCACAGUGAAAGUGAAGGGGACAAAUCCACAAGCGGGGAGGUUGAAGAUGCAUUCCAUUCUGAAACCAACCAGUAUCCAGCAUACAGAAGAGUCAGGACUAGAGCAUUGUCAUUUAAUGAUUGCGAAUACAAUAUCGGAGAGAGAAGAAAUGAAUUUGCAAGAUCCGGAUUUUUUUAUGAAGGAUUGGGAAAAACAUCAUGUUUCCACUGCGGAAUCGAGAAAACUGAUUGGAAGGAUUCCGACGAUAUUCUCAAAGUUCAUUUAACGAUACAUGCAUCUUGUGAAUAUGUUAAAUACAUACAAUCACUCAUCCCUUGAAAACAAAUUGAUUAAUACUUGUCGCUUGUAUUCAAUCUUAUCACCUACUUGUGUUCUCAGAGCAAUACAGCUUGAUAGAGUAUGCAAUGCAUCUGUACAACAUAUUCAUUUUUUUGUGCUUAAAAUACAUUUAAUUAGACUGUGUGGAUAAAUUCGGGCAUUUCAUGUUUAGAAUAAGUGACAUGUUAUGGUCUACUUCAUGCAACAGAGCGUUGCUUCAUUACCGUAUGUGUUUUAACAUUAGUGAUAAUUAUAAUCAUUUAGUGGAAUUUCGAGACGUAUUUUUACAAACAAAAAUCCUCAUUCUUUCCUAUUUUUAGAAAUAAAGGUGACAGUAAAUCAU